AAUUUUUUAGUUUACUUAGGCAAAAUAUUUUUGUCCAAUAACAUGUUGUUGCUAUUGGUUGUCUUUUUGCAUUUUUUAUGACAUUUUCUUACUAUAAAAAGGGAAGGUUUCUCAUAACCAAAAUUAAACAGCUUCAAGAUGUCAAAGACUUUACUUAUUCUGAUCGUUAUUGGUUUCGUAGCAACGCUACAGAUUGUGAAUGCAGCUAGAGGUGCUGGCGCAUGUGUGGGAAAAGGAUCAUGCACGGGACUAAAUUCUGGUGCUGGUGGUGGUAGUUGCACUGGAGAGGGAUCUUGCAAGGGUGAAAGUUCAGGUGCAGGAGCAGGAUCUUGCACGGGCAAAAACUCUUGUGCAGGUAAGGGAACUGGUGUUGCGGCUGGUACAUGUACUGCUGCAAAUUCAUGUCCUUAAAUGAAGAACAGCGAUGCUCUUAUUGUAUGGAGCUGCAACCAUAAUCUAUUCUGAACUUGUAAUUAAUUUAGACUUUCCGAAAUAAAUUUUUGUUGUAAA